AAUGCGCCACCCUGUACAAGGUCAACAUUCCUGAACACAGCCAUUAGAUUUAUAGUUUGACAGCUCUCUGCUACCCUAACCUAACAAAAAUUCCAAAUAAAUAAACAUUCUACUAUUUUAUUGUUAUAGAAGGGUAUGUUUUUACGAAGCUCCGUAACGUUACCGAGGUUGCUGUGUCAUCGUUGGGCAUCAUAUAAACAAUCCGAUGUAGCUAUAGAUCCACCCGAGGAAAACCUAACUCUCCCCCUAUUUCAUAGGAAAUCCAACGAGGAUAUUAACACGUUAAAAUCGAGAUUAGUUUAUCAGUCGCGUAAAAGAGGAAUGUUGGAAAAUUGUUUAAUAUUGAGCAAUUUCGCGGCAAAACACUUACCGAUAAUGAACAAAUCACAGUUGGAUUUAUAUGAUAAAUUGAUAAAUGCACCUUCCAACGACUGGGAUUUGUACUAUUGGGCAACUGGCAUAAAGGAAACCCCGAAGGAGUUUGAGAGUGAAGUUAUGGACAUGCUAAAGGAAUAUGUUAAGAAUCCCGAUAAACAGUCUCGUAUUAUGCAACCUGAUUUAUAAUAUUUAUUUAUUGUUGUAUAGAUUUGUUAAAUAAAAACUUUGUUUUAAU